UAUUGGCGGGCACACCUCGGCAGACAACAGCGCUCGCAAACAGCUGCUGAGCUUCCCCUUCAAGCCCCGAGAACGCACGAGUUCCCUUUGCCUCCGCAGUCGGUACUACAGUGUCGCCUUCUCAACUUCGAAGCGCUGCAGCGUUUUCCCGCCGAGGCAUCUACACGUUGCAUCGAUCGUCGGUCGUACGCAGGGGCGGCCCAGGCACAGGGACUUUGCUUUUUCUGCCCGUGGACAUCAUACUUCUCGACACUAGGUGUUGACAACAAGGCCUUAAGCUGCUUGGGCUCCCACCGCUGCUACUUAUCGGACAGGUAAGGAGGAGCGUUGAGCCGAGAGGGAGCAUGGAUGCCGGAGCUGCGACCGAGACGGCGCGGGGGUCAAGCCCAACGAGGUCGGCGCAAGAGGUGCUGCGCAGGAUGAGCCUCAACAGCCCUCCCUCCCGUACCGAUAACCCUCGUCAAGUCAAGAGGGCGAAGGUGCUCGGUGGGGAAGGUGAAGGAGCGGCAGCCUCCCGGCCUUUCGCCGUGCCGCAGGCUGUACAGACCCCGGCCACCGUCAGGAAACCGCCGCCGCCGUCCUCGCGCGCCGCCGGCCUUGAUGGCCCCUCUCCCAUGCCCUCCUGGGGGGUGAACCUCAGGGAUGCCUCUGCCGGGGAACCGCUGGAGGCGGGAGACCACGACCCUAGCUCCUACUACCCAUCCUUCCAGCUAGACUGCCUCCGUCAGCCGUACGGUAGCGGCGCCUCCAAUGGAGCGGUCGAGUCUGCCGCUAUGGCCUCUCCGGCCGGCGGCGGCGGCGGCGCGGGCGCUUCCCCUGCAUCCACGGCAAUGGACGACGACGAUGAUCACAGCAGCGGGGGAGGCGGCGGCAGCGGCGGAGGCUCCCGACGCGCGACCCGCGGCGGCGGGGUCUCGUUGCGGUCCAUGGGGGGCGGGGAGGACGACGAUGCGUUUGCGCCCCCGCCGUCCCCAGCUAGGCUGGAGAUGGUGGGCGGUAGUGGCAAGAGUUCGAGGGGGUUGGGGGGGAUAGCCGCCGCUCUGGAACAAGCGAGAAAUGUCGGGGGGGCGGGGGCGGGGGCGGGGGUGCCGGAAACGCCUUUGAGAAGGCCGGGGAGGGGGGCUGGGAGCAGAACUUCUGAGCGAGGAACCGCGGCGCGGGGCGGCGUAUACGGCAGCUGUUCUCCCGUGGGGGGGUACGCAGGGUUUGACAGCUCGGCUGUUCAGGGAUCCCCGGUUAAGAAGAGGAGCGUGGGGCGGUGGCGUAUGUCAGAGGGGGGCAGACGCGAGACGAGCGCGGAGCAGGGCCGAGCAGCCUGUGAGGAGUCCCCGCUCCGCAGCAACAGGAACCCGUUCUCGCCGGACAGGGAUGAAGACGUUUCUCAGGGAGAAGCGAUGUCCAUGCCUGCCCCUGCCCCGCGCUCUAGGCUGUCGUGCGGGGGGGCCGUGACUGGGGGCGCCGACCGAUCUCCGAUGGACACCGGAGAUCUCGACGCGAUGACGGCGGGGAUGGGACGAGGAGGAGGCAAAGGAGACGAGGGCAGGCAAGGCUUCCUGCGGAGGGUAAGCGUUGGCAGCACCUGCUCCUCCUCCUCCGUCCCCACCACCGCUGGCAAGAAAACAGUCCAGGACGUUACCAAUCCCAGCCCCUGUGACGUGGCCGCCUUCGUGCCGGUAACCCCUUGCUGCGGCAAGAACAGCGCGGAGGCCACGAGGCUGGGGGGGGACACCGCACCAAUGUCGCCGGUUUCUAGUGCCGGCGGAGGCGUGAACGUGUCUCUGAACGUCGGGAACGGGGAGGAGGCGGCGCGGGGCAGGUUCGCGACCGAUUUCGAGGUCAAGGAGAUCAUCGGCGCGGGGGGUUUCGGGACAGUGUACAAGGUGCGAAGUCGUGUGGACGGCUGCUUGUACGCUGUGAAGUGCAGCAGGCGGCGUUUCAAGGGCGAGACGGACCGGCAGAACAUGCUCAUGGAGGUGUACGCCCUCGCUGCCGUUUGCGACUCCGCCCAGGAGACGAUCAACAUCGUUCGAUACCACCAGGCGUGGAUCGAGGAGGAGCGUCUGUACAUUCAGACCGAGCUGUGCGAGACGUCCCUGGAGAAGCAGCUGGAGAGCGGGCACCGCCUAGAGAUAUCGGGCGUCUACGCUUUUCUGCGGCAGACGCUGCUGGGGCUGGAGAUUCUGCACCAGCACAAGCUCGUUCACCUCGACAUCAAGCCGGGGAACAUCUUCGUGAAGAACGGCCAGUACAAGCUGGGAGACUUCGGGCUGGUGACCCCUGUGCACGUUAGGUCCGGCACGGACGUCGUGGAGGGAGAUUCGCGGUACAUGUCCAAGGAGCUCUUGAACGACGACCACUCCAACCUCACCAAGUGUGAUGUCUUCUCCCUGGGUAUCACCCUGUACGAGAUCAUCUCGGGCAGGGCUUUGCCGCCUAACGGAGAAGAGUGGCACCGCCUUCGGUCCGGCAAGGCGGGCAUGCCGAUGGGGCUCCCGGCGGAGCUCUCCAAGACGCUGCACGAGAUGAUGGACCCCGAUCCAGCACGCCGGCCGUCUGCUGCCGAGCUCCUACGAUACCCUUGCUUGCAGAGCGAGAUGGAAAGGCAGCUGAACGACAAGAAGUCCGAGCUCAGCAAGGAGAGGACGCGUAACUCUGGGCUGUUGGAGGAGGUGUCGGCGCUUAUCCAGAAACAGAGCCACAGGAGCGGUCGCCUCAGCCGGACAAUCACCUGGGACAACUCGUAUUUCGCGGCGAACGGUGCCAAGGGGAAAUUUCCCUCUGGCAACCUGUCGUCGAAACCCUCCCUAGGCGGAACUCCCGAUGCCGCCGCACGCGGAGGAGGCGGAGCUGCGCGAUCCAACCUGUCCGCGUUCAAUGCGUCGAAUCCGUCCGGUGUCUUUGGGGGCGGCGAUUCAGCGCCCGCUCUCUUCGGUCCCGGGGUCCCGCGGCCUUCCAUGGCGGUCGGAUCGGCUCGCGGCGCAGGAGCGGGAGCUGUCGAAGUCGGGCGUGGGGUUGGGGCGUUGUCCAGGGUGGAGGAGGAAGGGUCCGACUCCCCGUCUGCGUCGGGGGAUAUGGUCGGGGGUGCGAGUCUCCCGGCCUCGUUUGAGCGUCUGCGGCAGGCGUAGGGCGGCGUCCCAGCCGCUUUUCCAUCAAGUACAUAUAACUGAAGUGAUGGACGGGCGGGCCGGGGGUCUGAGAUUUUGCGGUGGCUAGGGUGAGCGCGUCUGUGGCGAUCGCUUCCGGACAGCGAUGCUAGCGGCGCACACGGUACGGUGUCCGCGGAACAGUUGUAUUUUCGAGAGAAGAGUGCAUGGAAGCGAGGUUUCGGGAGUUGGGGCAGGCUUGCGGAGAGUGAAGCAGACGCCCACGAUAGUGAUAUUUUCUUCAUCUUGUUUGUGUUACAGGUGUUUUUUCAUGGUCGAGAAACACGAGCAUGCGUUGGUAUCAUAUGUGGCAUUGUUUGGUGAAGGCCGUACGGCUCUUUUCGUUGGUUGGUUGUUUUUUGGUGUUGUUCGUUUGUUUGGUGCAUGCAGAAGCCAGCCAUAGCGGUAGCAACGCUAUUGUGGCUAUGGCAGCUGCGCUAGUUACCCCCGUGAGGGAGAAUCAAGACUGCGGUGGGUGUCGAGCGUUGUUACUGCUGUAGGGCGGGGUUGUUUGUGGUUGAGGUUGGGGUGGAGUAAAUGUAGCCCUCCAUGACCGGAAAAAAAAAAACCCAGGAUACAAGGGCUGCUGCAACAGGAAUCGGGAGGGUUGGAGGCACAGCUUGCGAAACAACUACUUUUACUAGGGUGGUGUUGGUGUUGAAGUCCAUCCCCCACCCUGGCCGGCAGGGGAGGACUGUCAUGCAGGCGUGGGGGAUUACACAUGUAUGAUACCGUACUAUUAAGUCAUCUUGCCGUUUUUUUUUUUUUGCUAAUCAAGUCCCAUUACAUCGGUUGAACGAACGCACACAUCUCACGAUCACGAAAGUUAAUGCGAGGGGCCGAAAUCGCAGCAAGUAUUUUGCACGGCGAAAUCAAGGGGUGGUAAUUUAGUUAACCACGCUGGUAGCGGUAUGGUGGGAGUUGUGUGCCCCCUUUUCUGGAGUAUGGUAUGGUGCUUGCGCGUUGUCCUGUUUUAAGCGUUUGGCGAUUGGGCUUAGGAAUCACGAUUUGUACUUGGGGGCUAGUCCACGAAGAAAUAUGUAUGCAUACUACGUAUUAUAGUCUACUAUAAGUAUUGUCGGGUUUUAACCAUGCAUGUGGUUCAUUCGGCUGGAGUUCCAAUGGUUUCCAUGUCUGUCGCGGCGGUGUGAUAGGAAUGAGGGGAGGGUCUGGAAUUGAUGCUUGAUGGUUUGUUGGGAAGUUAUCUUUGCAUGGUUUAUUGAGUAUUGCGGCCGGACCAGCAAUAGUCUAGCGGCGUGUUGGCGAGUGAGAAUCGGCAAAGAAGGGAUUGAUGAUGCUUCUCCGUCCCCCUGCGGAGUACCAUGUUGUCGCUGGAUGUAUGGCUUUCGUGUACGACAUAAGUAGUUGGAUCUGCAAUCGCAUGUGGCGCAUCUGCCACGCUGCCGCCAUAGUAGCCAGUCGACGUGAUUGGCGUUAUCGUCGUUUUUCCGUGUAUACUUGGCCGGUUUGCUUGCUGUGGCGGUCGCGGCUGCUCUCCAUGCCUCCACGCUGCGUCACUCCGAGUCAAUUUACCAACAUUUUCAUGUGCUCCGUGUAGCGCACCGCACGAACACUGUUGAGGUGCCCACGCAUAUCCUGUUGCCCUUUCAUUCAGCAGACUUGACAGCGAUGAUUUAACACGAGGCAGGUCGUUUGUGUGUUAGGGGCGUUCGUUGCGAGUUUCUUGUUCGUCUGGCCUCCCUGUAACUUGUCAGGUCAAGAUAUACUUGUAGAAGGCAGAUAGUGCAAGUCUGGCAGGCUGCCGUACCGCGAUCGCCGUGUGGCCACCUUCUGUGCAUCCUGUGUCCGUGUCUGUCGUUGUGUAAUUGCAUAGAGCGUCUUAUGUUGUCGGUGGCUCCGUUGGUAAUCGCUCUAGAUGUUUUGGGGCAUCCGUCUUUAAUUUCGCUUGACAAAUCUGUAUUUGAUCGUCUGGAAUCCCGGGCCCUUCGCCCAACCAAGCAGAAGUAUCCCGUUGUGACCAACUCUCACUCAGGGGACAGCUACAUGUACAUGUCUACG